AUGGAGAAGGGGAUGGAUCCGGCGCUGCUGGACAACAUCAUCGCCAGGCUGCUGGAGGUGAAGAGCCUCAAGCCCGGGAAGAACGCGCAGCUGUCCGAGUCGGAGAUCAAGCAGCUCUGCGCCGCCUCCAAGGAGAUCUUCCUCGCGCAGCCCAACCUCCUGGAGCUCGAGGCCCCCAUCAAAAUCUGCGGUGAUGUCCAUGGCCAAUAUUCUGAUCUCCUGAGGCUCUUUGAAUAUGGUGGAUAUCCUCCUCAGUCCAACUAUCUUUUCUUGGGCGAUUACGUGGACCGAGGAAAGCAGAGCCUUGAGACAAUAUGCCUUCUUUUGGCUUAUAAGGUCAAGUACCCCGAGAACUUCUUUCUUCUAAGGGGAAACCAUGAAUGUGCAUCAGUAAACCGCAUCUAUGGGUUCUAUGAUGAGUGCAAGCGCAGAUUCAGUGUGAAACUCUGGAAAACAUUUACAGACUGUUUUAACUGCUUACCGGUAUCAGCAUUGAUAGAUGAAAAGAUUCUAUGCAUGCAUGGAGGUCUUUCUCCAGAGUUGAACAAGCUGGAUCAAAUACUCAACCUCAAUCGCCCCACAGAUGUGCCUGAUACCGGGUUACUCUGUGAUCUUCUUUGGUCCGAUCCUUCGAAUGAAGCACAAGGAUGGGCUAUGAAUGAUCGAGGUGUCUCAUAUACAUUUGGACCUGAUAAAGUGGCUGAAUUUCUUGAGAAGCAUGAUUUAGACCUCAUCUGCCGAGCCCAUCAGGUUGUUGAGGAUGGCUACGAGUUCUUUGCUGAUCGUCAGCUGGUAACAAUAUUUUCGGCGCCUAAUUACUGUGGAGAAUUCGAUAAUGCUGGUGCCAUGAUGAGUGUAGACGAGACGCUGAUGUGCUCCUUCCAAAUACUCAAACCUGCAAGGAAAAUGUUGCCUGGUUCAACUAAUAACAAGUCUGGCUUCAAGUGCUAUAUUUACAUGCUAUUCUGUACAAAUGAUUAG